CCCGAGGCCGCCCGGCCGGUCCUGUCCGUCAGUCCGCCGAGUCCGACCGUCGCGUCGCCCCCGGAGCCAUGCCAUUCCUCGGGCAGGACUGGCGGUCCCCCGGGCAGAGCUGGGUGAAGACGGCCGAUGGCUGGAAGCGCUUCCUGGAUGAGAAGAGCGGCAGCUUCGUGAGCGACCUCAGCAGUUAUUGCAACAAGGAAGUAUACGAUAAGGAGAAUCUUUUCAACAGCCUGAACUAUGAUGUUGCAGCCAAGAAGAGAAAGAAGGACAUGCUGAAUAGCAAAACCAAAACCCAGUAUUUCCACCAAGAAAAAUGGAUUUAUGUUCACAAAGGAAGUACUAAAGAGCGCCAUGGAUAUUGCACUCUGGGGGAAGCUUUCAACAGGCUGGACUUCUCAACUGCCAUUCUGGACUCCAGAAGAUUUAACUACGUCGUACGGCUGUUGGAACUGAUAGCAAAGUCACAGCUCACAUCCUUGAGUGGCAUCGCCCAAAAGAACUUCAUGAACAUUUUGGAAAAAGUGGUACUGAAAGUCCUCGAAGACCAGCAAAACAUCAGGCUAAUAAGGGAACUACUCCAGACCCUCUACACGUCCUUAUGUACGCUGGUCCAGAGAGUCGGCAAGUCUGUGCUGGUCGGGAACAUCAACAUGUGGGUGUACCGGAUGGAGACCAUUCUCCACUGGCAGCAGCAGCUGAACAAUAUCCAAAUCACCAGGCCUGCCUUCAAGGGCCUCACCUUCACCGACCUGCCUUUAUGCUUACAACUGAACAUCAUGCAGAGGCUGAGUGACGGGCGGGACCUGGUCAGCCUGGGCCAGGUGGCUCCUGACCUGCACGUGCUCAGUGAGGACCGUCUGCUGUGGAAAAAGCUCUGCCAAUACCACUUCUCUGAGCGGCAGAUCCGCAAGCGAUUAAUUUUGUCAGACAAAGGACAGCUGGAUUGGAAGAAGAUGUAUUUUAAACUUGUGCGAUGUUACCCACGGAAAGAGCAGUAUGGAGACACCCUUCAGCUUUGCAGACACUGUCACAUUCUCUCCUGGAAGGGCACUGACCACCCGUGCACAGCCAAUAACCCAGAGAGCUGCUCCGUUUCCCUUUCACCCCAGGACUUUAUCAACUUGUUCAAGUUCUGAAUCCCAGCACAUGACGACACUUCAGACGGGUUCCCCGGCUGAUUGGAUUCUUGGGAAUACAGAGUUUGGACACUUCAUUUGUAAAUAGUGUACAUUUGAAAUGCUGGCUCAAAACUUCUGAGAUAAGUCACUGAGAGGAUGUUGGAAGGGGAGAGAUGCAGUUGCUGGCUGGGAAUUUAAGACUAUGGACUUCUCAUUAGAAUUGGUAUGGAAAAUCAGAAAUACUGUAAAUAAAUUUUUUCCCUAACUAUUUGCCGGCAAGACUAUAAGGGCAGGAAUUCAGUUUCAUCGGUGAAAAUGGAAUUUCCUUGACGUUCACUGAAACGCCUUUGUAGUUCCCUAGGGAUGUGGAAGAAAAGGGCAGAACUCGAAUACAAGAUAGAACACUCUCUGUUUACAAUGUGAAAAUUUGCUUAAAGAAAGGAAGAGAAGAAGAAAACUUCAUUAUAUAUGAGAAGUCCCCGCGCUUUGGUUUCGAUUUUGGGGGGUUUGUUUUAAAAAGGCAAAGGAAGCACCACCCAUCUUAACCCGUGUGGGCACAAGGCCUUAUCUUGCAAAUAUAUCACACAAUAGUCUACCUCGGAAAGUAUGCAAUGCCCUCUCUGACAAAGCGCAUUGUCCAGUAGGCAGUGUCUGUUUUUCUUGGUUUUUCAUCACCUGAAAGUGGUUUAAAUAGGAAAGGGAUACUGGAGGCAAUCCUCAUCAUGCUUGAGACUUCCUUUUUAGGCGAAUAAGCACUUCUUCAGAGUUGCCUCUUUUCUAGAACAGCCCCACAGCGCGUAUGCCUCUUUCCCUUUCGUGCUGUAGCUCAUUCAGGGCAACAUAAGGCCAAUUAAAAACAGUCCCAGAGGAAGUCCUACCGCAGAAAAGAUAGAAUUAGUCACCCAAUAGCUGUGAAGACUUUCUAUUCCUGUUUAACUUCUUGGUUUGUCUGGGCUUCCUGGAAUAUCUUCACGGAUAAGCAUAUCUGUGGACUGGUCGGAGCCGGAGUGCUGAUAAAAGCUUGUAAAACAGGUUUUACAUAUCAGUUAAACGUGUUUCCAGCUGCUGUUCCUCAUGACAGGGGAUGAGUUGAGGGGCUUUGUUUUCUUUUUGCCCAACAUCAAAAUUCAGUCAACCUAAGCUAGCACUUCUUGCAAGGAUGACAAGAGAAAGCCUGGAGUUCCAAUCACAGGGAACAGAAGUACUGUGAGUUCAUCCUACACUUGCUACAUACCCCUGGGGAUCUUGCGAGGCAAAUAUCAGCAGGUAGCUGUGUAGAGGAAAGGGAAUCUCAGGACUUAAUGAGUUCAUUGUCAAAUAUUCCUGGGAUGGGGUAGGGGAUGUUUGGUCUUUUUUACUUUUUAUAGAACUUUGCUUUUCUACAACAAUGUACAUAUCUUGGCAGUUGUAUUUGCUUCAUGCUUUUUUUUUUUUUUUCUCUCACGCAAAUAAAGUUGUCACUCUGCAUGGCCUUGGCACAUAGGUGAAGCAGAGAUAGGAAACUUGCUCACAUUCACAUUGAAGAACAGGGUAUCCUUAGCGGUUGAACCUUGGAGUGACCAGAUGAGGGGAGAGAUGGUUAAGCAUGUACAGAAACGAGGCAAGGGACCGGCCGGUGAUGCGAAGUCCCUUCAUGCCCAUCCAUCAGUGCACAGUCCACGACUCAGCAUCCCAAAGAGAAGUCAACCAUUAGUCCCCUCACUUUGCAAUGCCUGUGUCUACACCCCAGGGUGUCUCCACAUUUCUUUUCCUCAUCACCCCUGACAGAAGAAAAAAUUAAAUUGAAUUUAAAUUCUCCCCACUGUGACAAAUAUUAAAGAAUAAGAUUUUGUUGGGUAAGGUUGAGCUUUAGGAACCCCUGUAUUACCUGAUGGGAUUUUUGCUUCCCCUUCCCCCCUGAGUCAGAGUCACAUUGAGGAUGCAGGGCCUAAGUGGGGAAUAAAAAGCUGGCACUUCUAUAAUUCAGAGACGUGCCCUCAAAUGUCUCAGCUUCCUUAAAGAUGUGGGGCAGAGCUGGGUUAAUUGUUGCUCUAGAUGCUGGAACCUUUAGCUCUGACAUUUUUAGGUUUAGGCAUCCAUGGCCUUCCACAUCUGCCCAUCAACUCAUGACCUCUGCCCCUUCGUGCUGAUCAGGGAGGUGGAAACUCCUGGGUACCCUCAGGUUUACAGUCCCGGAAAUGUUGCCUGCUUUCGACUGUCAGCACAAAACUGCCAAACCAGUCUCAUCUGGACUUUGUGCAAUGCCCACGAUUGCACAUCAUCUGCCAGGCAGCAAGGCACAUCUGUGCAGGAUGACUCCUACCGCCAAGCGGUGGGGUUAUGGUUUUCUGAGAUGUUUACCUUGAUGGUGCCUCUGGGCUCUCCCCAUCUCUGUUGGCAUUUUUGGAGGUGGUGUGAAACAGAGUCAAGGAAAAAUUUUAAGGAAGAAAAGAGAAGAAACCAACGCUCUUGGUUCUCUUUCAUUGGGAGAGGAGAAUAAGAAAGGAAAUGGCAGGUGGAGAGGGACGGGGGAAGGAAUAGAAAUGGCCUAUCUUUGAUGCUGUGGUUUGUAUGAAGGCAUUGGAGAAGAACAUAGUGGGUUCAGGGCAUCUGUGUUGGCACCACAUGGCAGCUGUUAAGCAUGGUCAGAGCCUCCCAUGUAAGUAAAGUGAGUGAAAAAGAAAAUACUUGUUCCCUGGGUACCAAUCAUCUAGAGAAUUUCUAUUGGCAAACCCUCUCGGGACAACCUAACCUCAAAACAAAACAAAACACACAAAGAAUCCCUGUCUUCCAAACUACUGGUCUAAAAGCCAGAGGGACAGGAUGAUGGAAAUUGCUGGAAGAAAUAGAAAGCUCUCCUCUCUUUGCUGUACCUACCUACUACCCCCGACCCCAACCCUGUGAUGUAGAAUUUGAAAUUGAUGUCGACUAUGAAGUAAUGCGGACUUCCAGAGAAAGAAGGAGUGUGUCCAGGGCAGUGUGAGGAAGUCCACAGGGAUGUUCUGUAUGAUGAGCUGGUCCAACAUAAAGGUGUAUGAGCAGUGAGCCUAGAGUCUCUUAAGAGUAAGGCACAACGUUUGGGGAAAGAAUAUGUGAGUGCUCACUUCAUAGCAAGAUCCGGAAGAAGGUCCAAUGACAUCUUAAGCCAGGUUGCAUUAUUAAUGCUAUUACUCUGAGGAGACAGAUCAGUGGCGUGGGAGGGUAAGUGGCAUAAAAUACAAAGUGAAAAACAUCCCCAGGGCAUCGGGUAUGAGAUGACAUUUGUUCAGUAAUGAUCAAUUUUAUAUUGAAGUGGCUGGGAGGAGAUACUUGAGAUGCGCUGGGUUGACAUUGCAGAACACUCAGCAACAGUGGGCCUUCCUUGGGGACAUGACUUGGUAAGUUGUGUACUGUGUUACCACCAUGAUUCUCCGUGGAUUCAAAAACUUUGCUCAUAAGGAGCCUACGAUUAACAGAGGCUCUGUUUUUCUGUUGUUUUCUAUGUGGGAGAAGGGAGGGGGCUUAGAGUAUCAUUUGUCUAAGCAAGUGGAGUGAUUCACAAGGUCAAUCAUUUCAAGACAUGUUCAACAAUGUAUCACUUGUAGCACUCAAUACAAUGUUUAUCAUAAAAUAUGCACCUGAGUUUAUAUUUUUCUGCCAGGCUAUAGGGCAAUAAUGUUUUGCUAUGCACUCUAUUUUGUGUGAAUUUUUUUAAACUGUAAUUUUAUGUGUGAAUUUUUUUUAACUAAACUAUAUCAAACAUAUUCUAUGUGGACAUCUGGGUUGUUUUUUUUUGUUUUGUUUUUUGUUUUUAUCUGUUUCCAACUAUCUGAGUCUGUGAACCAUCCUUCUGACUGGAUGCUGGCCUAAAAUCCUAUUAGUGUUUAAACAGACCUCAGAAACACCCUGAACCUCUAGACAAACGCAAAGCCGUGGCUCUUUGAUAUAUCUUGGGCUCUUGAUGUCUUCAGUAAACAAGAUCGUUAACUCCUUUAAA